GGCUCCAAAAGUUGAGCGCGCGGCAGCGUCUGCUCUUCUCCCGGCGUGCAAGUUGGUGGCGCGCCGCUUCAUGAACUUUGUUGAGCUUAGUGAGGCUGCGCCGAGAAGUUUUUUUGAGUUUGGGAAAAGAUGCGUUCCGCUUCGUUGUGAUCUGGGGAAGGAGCUCAAGAAGAAGACGACGGGAAAAGUGUUGCACACUUUGUUCACAUUUUAGAAAAGAAAGCCACGAAGUUCGUGACGGUUGAUUGACUUCUUCGAUUGUGCGACGAUACUCGUGGAGUUGGAAGUGUUUCUUCGGACCGCUCGCUCGGGGGAAAGUCUCGAAGGAAAGAGGAAGUGCUUGCCGGGCCAACCAAAAAAAAAGGUCUUGAGUUUCCGGCAAUGUGUAGCAGGAACGGGAGGACAAAGCGAUAGUGCAGCGACGGUGACGUCAAUCUAAAAACAAAACAAGACAUGGACGACCUGGACCCUCCACCCUUGAACGAGACAGGCGGUGUCGGCCUCUCUGUACACGGCAACGUGUCGCCCUGCGUCAAUGAACUGUGCGUAUCCGAGGCCGAGUACCUGGACCUUCUGGAAGAGUACAUCUUCCCUUCGUCGUACGAGUGGGGUCUCAUCGGUCUUCACGUAGCCGUCUUCGUGGUGGGACUGGUGGGCAACUGCCUGGUGUGCGUCGCCGUCUACCGGAACCAGACCAUGCGCACGGUGACCAACUACUUCAUCGUCAACCUGGCCGUGGCUGAUUUCCUCGUAAUUUUGGUCUGCCUACCGCCUACGGUGCUCUGGGACGUGACGGAGACGUGGUUCUUCGGGGCCGCGCUGUGCAAGAUUGUCUUGUACCUUCAGUGCGUGUCGGUGUCCGUAUCGGUGCUGACGCUCACCUUCAUCUCUCUGGACCGGUGGCGCGCCAUCUGCCGGCCGCUCCGCUCUCAAGGAUCCACUGGACCACGCGUUGCCAUAGGCUGCAUUUGGAUUGUGUCGUGUCUGGUGAUGUUGCCGGAGCUUGUGGUGCUGGACACUCGCCGCGGUCCAGUCGCAGGUGCUCUCUACCUGACGGACUGCGCGUACACGUGGCCCGCGGGUUACACGUCCGUGUACCAGCUGUGCCUGGUGGUGUUCCUGUACGUGGUGCCCUGCCUGCUCAUGUCGGCCGCCUACUACCAGAUGGCGCGCGUGCUGUGGCGCAUGCCCGCGCUGCACGAAACCGGUUCGCUCACGGGCACCCAGCCACCGCCGCAGACGCUGGCGCGACGCAAAGCGGCCAAGAUGCUCAUCGCCGUGGUCAGCCUGUUCGGACUGUGCUAUUUGCCCGUGCACACGCUCAACCUGCUCAGGUACACGACAGAUCUUCCCCAGACGCCUCUCAUGAGCGUGGCCUCCCUACUGUCCCACUGGCUCUGCUACUUCAACUCGGCAAUCAACCCGAUCGUCUACAAUUUCAUGAGUGGCAAAUUCCGCAAGGAGUACAACAAGUCCUUCCGCUGGCUUCUCAAGCGCGUCCUGCUGUGCGGAAUCGACCGGCGCAAGGCGGCCACCAACGCCUCCGAGCUAUAGCAUACAGCUGGCCGGCUUCGAGCGGAUUCGAGGCUAGCCAAGAUCAACCAGAGUACGCGACAGCGUUCGACGCGACAGACCUCUUGGAAAAGCACCUCCGCCUGUACCGUCUGCGAACUCUAAUCGAAGACACCUUGCGCGGUGUGAAGUAGGUCGAAAAGGAAAAAAAAAUGAGCGAUUUCGCAUUGACGCGUUUGACACCCGCCAACUUGGGACCUCGAGACUGUCAAGGAUCAUGUGUGUGACACGGCGGUAGUGGUGUGCUUGAGUCUUCUUUUCUUGUCGUUGUGACCGACUAUCCGGGCUUUCUUUUGUGUCGAAGAGUUGGUGUACAUUAUACCUGUGGAACCUUGUAUAUUUCUCCGCCUACCCUGCGUGGAUGCUAGAUGUCGAUAUCAACCCAGAGCUACGUAUUAAUUGUGCAAGAAUGCGGAGUGCCAGUGUGAGUUUGUGCUUCGAGUGUUCUCCGGUGUUUUUGAGCUAUGGGCCUCUCGUUGUGUCCGCCAUAGUGAAACCACGGCUUAGGGAUAUCACAGCUGAAAGCGGCAACGCCAUCGUGUAUCUCUCGUGUUGGAGUGGUCCAAACACCAGCUCUAACAACCAUUCCCAGCCUUGCAGAACCGAAGGAGGCGACCUUAGAUACGUUUGCUUUCCUUCUGCCCAGAGCUGUCGUACUAGCUUGUACCGUUAUAUCAUGAAGCUUUUGCGGCUCUAAAUACUAAACAGUAAACACGCACAAGAAUAGCGUCUGGUUGCGAAGAAUAUCCACCGUUGUUAAUCUGAACAUCGUCUGACAAAUCUGCUCGUCCUUUGUUGAGAGUGAGGUGGCCAUAGCUUAGCGGAUACGAAACCAGCAAAACCUUUGACGCUAGAAUGACCACCACUUAGGUUUAAAAAGUGGGCCAUUAGCAUAAACAAAUAAAUUUGCAAAACCACAAGCUUCACUCAUAUUUGGCUGAUUUGCAGCGAAUUUUUAAAAUUUUCCUUCAGGGCUUCAUCCUUACGUUGGAAGAAUGAGAAUGAGAUGCCGUGAGACACGUUUCUCGUCUUCUUUCAAAGGUUUUUGAUUUUGCAUUUCGAACUACGCGAUGUUAUUAGACACGUGAUAUCGCCCACGCUUUUUUUUUUCACAUUAUAAAAACAGCUGUGCUCUCCAGAAUAUAUUUUAAUGUAACAUGCCCCAUCUAACAGGGUAUUCUAGAAAUGACACAUCAAACACGCAUGCAUUUAGUGCAACAGGAUGGUACCAGCCGCACAAAUUGUGUUCAAUGACCACUGCUUCGCCAAAAAUACCAAGAUGUCGUGUGAGAACAUAGAUGACGAGAGCUUGAAAAUACGGAGGCGUCAGUGCCAUUUUAAUGUGUUGAAUAGUUGGUACAUAGGUAAAUUCUAAUAGUUGGUACGUAAUACCAUAAAUUAUGUUCUUAGAUGCUAACCAUGUCGCAUAUAUAAUAACGCGCGUUUCUGGGCUAGUUGGUCAAGUAUUGGGGUCACCUCUAACAUUUAUUUCUCUUGUGCAUUGCGUUAGUGUCAUACGAGAUGAAGGGUGUGCUACUGUUCCUGUCAGAACCAUUUUCACUUUGCUGCGUUGGUGCUACGCUGUCUAACGACUGUUGAAUCGUGAACGCCUCGGCAAAUUUUAAUCAUUCAUGCAUAUCGUGACAGAACUGUCACAGGCAGCGCACCAAUGUUCGCGGAAAGAACUGUGAUGUGUGUAGUGCCAAUUACUGUGUCUAUCGUCUUCUCCAUUCAUACCUGAACGGCUAAUAAACAUUUUUAUGUAGUGAUAUUGUCAUACGCCGGCAACACUCUAUUUUCAUUGUAUUUUGCAUUCUAUCCUCCCCCCCCCCCUCGCCUUACACAUCUCUCCGAGCAAAAUGUGAGGCAUAAAUAUUUCAUUUCGUCUAGAAAUACAUGUUUCUGUGACAGUGGACUUAUUUUUUUUUUCCUAGUCCAACUCUGUGUCUGUCUUUAAUACACGUUGCAAUGUAGCAACAAGAGCUUCAAACACUUACUAAACGCGGCUGCCGAAUUCCACAUUUUUGCCCUAAAAGUUUCCCCUUCAAACCGCUACAUCUAUGCGGAGUGCUGGUGAGAAUGUAAAGUUUCAAACAGGGUCACCUAUUAAGCAUUGUUUGUUGUGCCCCCGAACAUGAAACCCAGGCAUAUGAUGUAAGUGUCCUUCCAUCGUAACUCCACUGCUUAAUUUCCCAAGUUUUCACUUAGAAAUGAAAGGCCACAUAAGACCAAGUGUUACCCAGGUAUCUGAUGCCAGUGAUAUUUUGGUGCGGCUGUACUAGUUAUUAUCAAGCUCAUGUAAAGCACUAAUAAACCUCGUAAAACUACGGUAAAUGACAAAAUUAUAUGUUUACAUUGUGAAUCUUUUUUUAGUACCGCCAAAAACACAAACUUGACAGAAGUUCACUGGAACAUGGAAGCUUGAAGGGAUGGAAAAUGCUAAUUCCCAGGAUUUGAGGACAUAUGUACGUGGCGCCAUCUCUCGGCGGCAGCAACGGCGUCCUGCCAUAACUGAAUGGGA